AUGGUUGUUAGAGAAUGUCAUGAUCCACGAGUCAUAAAAUUACCAAGAGUGGUAUCUCCACAGCCAAAUGUGCUAAGACCCUCUAGGACAGAUGUCCAUGUUUUGACUUCUUGGUUUGCCCCCAUUGUGUGGGAGGGAACUUUCAACAAUGACAUACUGAAUGAGCAAUUCCAACACCAGAAUGCUACCAUUGGGUUAACUGUGUUUGCAAUAAAGAGAGAGAGAGACUAUUUGAAGGUGUUCCUGCAGACUGCAGAGAUACACUUCAUGGUGGGGCACAGGGUGAGCUACUAUGUCUUCACUGGUCAAUCCAACAAUGUUCCUCAAAUCCUGCUCCAAGAAGAAAGGCAGAUGGUCAUCCUCAAAGUCCACAGCUAUGCCCACUGGCAGGACUUCUUCAUGCACUGAAUGGAAAUGAUCAGUAAUUAUUCUCAGGAGCGCUUCCACAGGGAGGUGGAUUAUCUUGUCUGUGCAGAUGUGGACAUGAAAUUCAGGGACCUUGUGGGUGUGGAGAUGCUCUCCUCCUUGUUUGGCCCUCUUCAUCCUAGCUACUUCCCCAUCCAGAGGCAGUUUUUUGACUAUGAACACAACCCCCAGUCACAAGCCUGUAUUCUAGAGGAUGAAGGGGACUUGUAUUACACAGGGGCCUUUCUGGGGGGCUCUGUGCCAGAGGUUUAUAGGCUCACCAAAGCCUGUUACCAGGCCACAAUGAUGGAUUAAGCCAAUCACAUCGAGGCCAUAAGGCAUGAUGAGAGCCACUUGAACAAGUACCUACUUCACCACAAACCCACCAAAGUCCUCUCCCCAGAGAACAUGUGUGUGAAAGCAGAGGAAAGUGUAUUGUUUCAGAACAAGCCGGGCUUGUCCACCAUCAUAAAACGGGCAAGAUUUGUGGUCUUGGAAAAGAAUUACCAUUUUAUGAGGGCUCAUGAGAGAAGUGUCCAGAAAGGUUCAGAGAAGGGUAACGUGGUCAGCCCUAGUCUUCCUCCUAGUAUGCUAUCCUAA